AUGCCCGAGUGUGCGGAGCUCCCGGCCGCCGACGACCGGUUUGUUUUAGUCGCUAGUUUGGACAACGCUCGAAAUCUGUCCAACCUUCUGAAGGCCGUCCACUUCCGAGACCAGGCCACCUUCUUCGCCUCGGCCAACGGUAUCAGGGUGACGGCCGAGGCGGCCAAGAGUGUCCAGGGCAACGCAUUCAUCCAGGCGAGUAUCUUUCAGGAGUUUCGAAUUGAAGAGGAUUCUGUGAUGUUCCUCAUAAACUUAACAGUUCUUUUAGAUUGUCUUACAAUAUUCAGUGCAAGUUCCCUGCCAGGAGUGACAACAGCCCUCAGAAUGUGUUAUCGUGGAUAUGGCUAUCCCCUCACAUUGUUCCUGGAAGAGAGUGGUGUGGUAACUGUUUGUAAGAUUCAGACUCAAGAACCAGAGGAAACUCUUGAUUUUGAUUUUUGCAGCACAAAUGUUAUAAAUAAAAUUAUUUUACAAUCAGAGAGCCUGCGGGAGGCAUUUGCAGAACUUGAUAUGAGCAGUGAAGUGCUGCAGAUUACAAUGUCGCCAGAGAAACCAUAUUUCAGAUUAUCUACUUUUGGUGAUGCUGGGAGCAUGCACUGCGAUUAUCCAAAAGACUCUGAUAUGAUUGAGGCAUUCCAUUGCAACCAGACCCAGUGCAAUAGGUACAAAAUAUCAUUACUGAAGCCAUCUACUAAAGCCUUGGCUCUCUCCUCUAAAGUUUCACUCCGCACAGAUAACCGGGGAUUUCUCUCCUUGCAAUACAUGAUCCGGAAUGAAGAUGGACAGAUCUGCUUUGUAGAAUAUUAUUGUUGUCCUGAUGAAGAGAUGGGGGAGGUAGACUCAUAAUUAACAACUUAAUAAUACCAAGUCUUUACAAAGGUUUUUAAUUCUGUGCAAGUUUGGGAGGAAUUUGACAUUAAUUAGAUUCAUAUAUUGAAUUAUUUACAAUCUGCUCCAUCCUACGUCAACACUGUACAUGUAAAUUCAAAUACAGCAAAAUAGGCUACUUGGCCAUUCAUAUCUGCCAAAUCUUUGGUAGGACUUUCCAAUUAGUUCCACUCCCGGGCAAAACAUUGUAAACCAUCGGCAACAAACAAUCUGCUGAAUAAACUCAGUGGGUCAAGCAGCAUCUGUGGGGGAAAGGGAAUUGUCAAUGUUUCAUAUUGAAACCCUGCAUCAGGACUGAGGAUAGAGGUGGGAAAGAUUUUCCCUUUUCACUCUUAGUCCUAAGGCUGGGUUUUGACCUCAAACGUCAACCCACCAAGUUUCUCCAGCAGAUUGCUUAUGGCUUCAAGUUCCAGCAUCUGCAGUCUCAUCCAUUCUAGAUCAUCACAUAGAGUGACAGAGUUAUACAGCGUGGAAACAGGCCCUUCAGCCCAACUCGUCCAUGCCAACUCACCAGGUAGAAUAUUUUAUCCCCUCCUGUUUCCUUGGGUUUAAAUGAUUUAAGAAAUCUGUAUUAAAUUUCGUCUAGUGGAAAUACAUACAAUGGUUCAGGCCUUCACUGAGUAUAAGAUUAAAUAUUUGGGCUUGUCCAUCAGUACAAUUUUCUAAAAUUUGUGUUAUUUUUGUUGAUGUUGUACUUAAUUACUUUCCUUGAUAUUUGUGUGCAUUAAUCCAUAAAGUUUUUAUACCUUC